CGAUGCUUGUUCAUUCACAAUGGGCAAUGCCGGCAGCUCCCAGAAGAUCUCGGCCCAGGAUAAGGCCAUCCUGGACAUGAAGAUUCAGCGCGAUAAGCUGCACCAGUACCAGAAGAAGAUUAUCGUAAUCACGAACCGCGAGACCGAGAUCGCAAAGCAAUGCCUGAAGCAAGGAGACAAGCGGCGGGCGCUACUGGCGCUGCGCAAGAAGAAAUACCAAGAGUCACUGCUGGCGAAGACGGAUCAGCAGCUGGCACAACUUGAGAUGCUCACGAGCGACGUCGAGUUUGCACUCGUGCAAAAGGACGUCUUAUUCGGGCUACAACAGGGUACAAGUGUCUUGAAAGAGAUCCACAAGGAGAUGGGUGGACUGGAGAACGUCGAGAAACUGAUGGGCGAGAGCGAGGAGGCACAGGCUUAUCAGAGGGAAAUAAGCGAAAUGCUUGGAAGCCGAAUGACAAACCAGGACGAGGACGAGGUGGAGGACGAACUGGAGGCUCUCGAGGCCGAAAUGUCAGGCACAAAGCUCCCAGACGCGCCAACGAAGUCUCCAGAGGCCGAAAUUACAGGCAAAAGGCUUCCAGACGCCCCAACAAAGAUCCCAGAGGGCGAGACAGUAAAGGAACGGGCAGCAAGAAGGGCGCGCCAACGGGCGGCGCUGGAGCCAGAACCGAUGCUUGCAUAACGGAGUUGGGCCGGGAUUUUGCUGCAUUUGAGCAAGGCGUUAGGGGUUGUUUUUACUACAGGCAUGACUGCUACCGGUAUCUUUGCGAUAUGCUUCUUUUCUUCCGGUAUCCCUCCAAAUGCCAUGCAUAAUCUAUGCACACUCUCCGUCUUUUGCUAUUUGGCUACAAAGUUGUAGAGCUGACUUUAGGAACCAUCCCACACUCCUAAGCUCACUGCGGAACUGAAUCAGGUG